CUCUACCAGCUUCUCACAGGGAAGCUUCCCUUCUGGUCGAACCUGUCGCCCCAGCAAGUGGCUGCCCUGCCCCCUUACGCCCUGCUCGGCGCCGUACGCACCCAUGACGUGUCCUACCCCCGCGCCACCUGGAGCGGCGUCACGGCCGAGGGGCAGGCGCUGGUGGCGGCGAUGCUGCAGCGAGACCCGGCGCAGCGCAUCACCGCGGCCGCCGCGCUGGCGCACCCCUGGUUUCAACGGGUGCUGGGGUACACGCCGGCCGCUACUGGGCUGGAGAAGGAGCGGGCGGAGGCGGUCAGCAACAACGUGGAGUUCUCCGCGCGCGUCGCUGCCAUGCACCUGUGA